AUGACUGUUGUGCUGAUCUCUCUGAUAAGCAUUAAACUGCUGCUUUUGGCAGCAACUCACCUGACUUUACGUAUUGAACCCGAGGAAGGUAGUCUUGCAGGGGGAACGUGGAUCACAGUCAUCUUUGAUGGUUUGGAGACAAGUGUCCUUUAUCCCACCAAUGGCUCUCAGCUGGAGAUACACCUGGUGAACACGGUGGUGCCCACACUGCCCAGUAUCCCCUGCGAUGUCACUCCUGUCUUCUUAACAUUGCCGAUGGUGACAUGUCAGACCAGGUCUCUGCUGUCUGAAGCCCAUGCGGGUCAGUAUUCCUUGGAAGUGUACUCUGGGGGACAGGUGUUUUAUAGCCCAAGUCCAGGAUCAAAAGACAACUGUACUUUCAAGUUUUCCAAGGCACAGACACCCAUUGUUUACCAUGUUAAUCCAUCUAGUGGAGUUCCAGGAAGCCUAAUACAUGUGCAUGGCUGGAUUUUCACUGGAAAACUAGAAACAUUUGAUUUUGAUGAUGAGUACAUUGACAGCCCUCUGCUCUUGGAAUCUCAAGGAGACAAAUGGGUCACUCCUUGCUCUCUGAUAAACAGGCAGACAGGAAGCCACUAUCCUAUUCAGGAAGAUCAUGGUCUUGGGACUCUGCAGUGCCGUGUGGAAGGCGACUACAUUGGCUCCCAAAAUGUUAGCUUCUCAGUAUUUAACAAAGGAAAAUCAAUGGUGCAUAAGAGUGCAUGGCUGAUCAGUGCUAAGCAAGACCUUUUCCUGUAUCAGACACACGCAGGAAUAUUAUCUGUGUUUCCAGAAACUGGGAGCACUGGGGGAAGAACAGACAUCACAAUUACUGGAGACUUCUUUGACAAUUCUGCUCAUGUUACUGUUGCAGGCAUUCCAUGUGAUGUUAGACACGUGUCUCCCAGGAAGAUUGAAUGUGCCACCAGGGCUCCAGGAAAAGACGCAAGGCUCACUGCUCCUCAGGCAGGCAACAGAGGGCUUCUUUUUGAAGUUGUAAAUGCUGGUGAAAGUUUGGAAUUUUCUGAAACCACACCUGGGUACCGGUGGCAAAUUGUUCCCAAUGCCAGUUCUCCAAUUAGAUUUUGGUCAAAAGAAGGACAGUCUUUCAGAGCCCGGCUCAGUGGGUUCUUUGUAGCCCCGGAGACAAAUAAUUACACGUUCUGGAUCCAGGCCGACAGCCAAGCUUCCCUACAUUUCAGCUGGACAGAGGAACCAAAGGCUAAGGUGAAAAUGGCUUUCAUCAAGGUUGGCACUGCUGGCUGGUUUGACUCUUGGGAGCAGAAUGGAAAUGAAGGAACUUGGCAACAGAAGACUCCCAAGCUGGAGCUGUUAGGUGGAGCCCGGUAUUACCUGGAAGCAGAGCAUGUGGGGGUCUCCCCCAGCAAGGGGAUGAGGAUUGGUGUCCAGAUUCAUAACACCUGGCUGAAUCCUGAUGUGGUACCCACGUAUCUCCGGGAGAAGCACCAGAUCCGAGUCCAAGUCCAGCGACUUCCAGAAAUACAAACAUUGAAUGUGUCUGGCACAGGAAACUUUUCCCUUACUUGGGACAAUGUCUCCAGUCAGCCAAUAGUUGCAAAUGCUACAGCAUACCAGAUUCAAACAGCCAUUGAGGAGUUACUUGCAGUGAAAUGCAAACUGGAGCCCCAUUCAGCUAACAUUUUACUCCAACUUGGAUUCGAACAAGGCCUGGAAGGUUCCCUUUCUGAUGGAAAUCCCACCAGUGGGACAGAGCCCUUCUGUGGCAGGUUCAGCCUCCAUCAGCCUAAAUACCUUGUUAUAACUCCGCCAGCUACCCAGAAAGGCCAUUGGCUAGAUCAACAUACACAUCUGUGUAUAGCAUACAAAGGCCACACAAAUAGGAUUCUGAAGAUGACUGUAUUCUUCACACUUGGCUCUCAAAACAUCAUGAAGAAUACCACCUGUGAUUGGAGUCUCACUGGGAUCAAUCCCAACAGCUGGCAGUUCAAGUGCAAGAACCUCUGGGAGACUUGUGUACGUCGCAUCCAUGGUCUCCAGCCGCCUCUAGCGAACUCCCCAUUGCUGGUUAGGAUCGAACUCCUCCCUCUGCCUGAGACGGGCCUGCUGUAUGUGGAUGAAGUUAUUAUUGCAGACACAAAUAUAACAGUUUCUCAGGCUGGUUCUGGAACUGCUCGCCCUGGUGGGAAUCUGGUGGAAUCAAUCCUAGUGACAGGAUCCCCUCCAGUCUACAAUAUAACCUCAUGGUUGCUGGGGUGUGGUACAGAUCUACCCCUCAUCAUUGCACGCUCUGUGCCCACCAGCGGAACUGAAAAAGGGACUGGACUGGUCCAGUGGACAACACAGAGACUGCGGAGGACAAGUCCACCUUUGGGAGGACACUUUCGCAUCCACCUUCCCAAUGAUGCAGUAAUUCCUGAUGUCUCUGUGCAUAUUUCUGCUAAUCAGCUUCAGAAACUCUUGGAGAACAAUGCCGACAACUUCACAUCCAGGUUCCUCCGUGUUAGUGACUUCACGGUAGAAGAGCAGCUGAACUCUUGCUAUGAGCAUGUUUGGGCACUUUCCUGGUCCGCUCAGAUUGGGGACUUGCCCAAUUUUAUCAAGGUCUCUGGUGAAAAUCUUACUGGCCAGAAUCCUGUUGCAACUGCCCGAGUGGUCUAUGAUGGUGGAGUUUUUCUUGGACCCAUAUUUGGAGACAUGUUGGCAACUGCCAGCCAACACCCUCAGGUAGUUGUGCGAGUGAAUGACAUACCAGCUCAAUGCUUAGGUUCCUGUUCUUUCCGGUUCCUUCAGGAGUCAACACCCUGCAUCUAUUCUGUGGAAUAUUCCAUUGAUCAUGACAUCAACCUACUGGUUUAUAUUAAUGGAACGGGCUUCUCUGAUGAUGCCAAGGCCCUGCAAGUUACAGUGAGCAACGCAAACUGUGAAGUUGUUUUCUCAAAUCAAACUGAUGUGGUUUGUCGGACAGACUUGCUGCCGGUUGGAACUCAUCAGGUCUCCAUGUUGGUGAGACCCUGUGGUCUUGCUGUCAGUGCCAGUGGAGAAGACCUUCUCCUUAAAGUGGUGCCCCGACUGGAUGCUGUAGAGCCUUCUAGAGCUGCAGAGAUUGGAGGAAUUUGGGCUACUAUCCGAGGCUCUAGUUUGGAGGGUGUCAGCCUGGUGCUAUUUGGAUCUCAGUCUUGUGCCAUCAGUGUCACCACAAGCAGUUCACACAGAAUUGAAUGCAAAGUUCCAUCCAGGGGGAAAGAUGGACACAUUGUGAAUGUGACUGUGAUCUCUGGGGACUAUACUGCAGUUCUUCCCAAUGUGUUUACGUUUGACUCUUCUUUAAAUCCAGAGAUUUUGUUUCUGAGCAGAAAUCACAGCGGCAUAGCAGGAGGUGGGAGACUUUUCAUCAGAAUGACACAACUGGCGAACUACACAGGUUUGGACAUCAAAGUUUACAUCCAGGAUUCUUUGGCUCAGAUUCAUGCCCAGACGGCUCAGGGCCUGGAGGUGAUGCUGCCUCCACUGCCAGCUGGCAUCUAUGAAGUCUCAGUCUUCAUCAAUGGCAUCAGCAUUUUCUCACGAGGGGUUGAUCUCCAUAUCCGGUACUUCACAGAUGUUUACAGCAUCCGGCCUUGCUGCGGGUCUUUUCUAGGUGGAACCAUUAUCAGCAUCUCGGGAAUAGGGUUCGGCAGGGAUCUGGCAUCAGUAUGGGUGCUGGUGGGCAAUCGAUCCUGUGGCAUUGUGAAUGUGACAGAGGUGAGCGUGUGGUGUGCCACUGCUCCGGCACCUCUGCUGCCCGAUGUGAAUUAUCUCAGCAUCUCUGCCGCCGUGGAGGUCUGGGCUGGCAGCGCGUCCUCUACCAGACCUUCACCGAGUUUGGUCGGAAAGGGCUUUACUUUCACGUAUGAGGUGGCCACAACCCCGGUGGUUACAGCUGUGCAGGGGGAAAUCACCAACAGCAGCCUGAGCAUCUACGUGGAAGGAAAUAAUCUUUCUGAUGCUGUCCUCAUCCUGGGGGACCUGCAAUGUGAACUAGAGACACGGCCUUUUGGGGGCCACGGGAACCUGUCUGGCUGUUCCUUUCCUCUUCCCAGUGUGGAGGCAGGCAUCUACUUGCUCCAAGUGCGGCAGAAGCAAAUGGGCCUGGCUGACAUGUCUGCCGUGCCCCAGCGGUUUUUAGUGAAACCUCAGAUCACCACUAUCUUGCCAACACAAGGUUCUACUUGUGGUGGGUUGGUCCUCACGGUGAGGGGUGUGGCUCUCCAUUCCAGAAGGGGGUCAGUUCAGGUUGACCUUUCAGAUCCUUUUGCUUGCGUGACUUUGGUUUUGGGAGACCAGAGGGUUGUGUGUCAAGUCACUCUGCUGGAUGAUCCUCUGCCUGGAGCAUCCUUCAGCUUGAAUGUCACAGUCCUGGUCAAUGGGCUAAGCAGUGAGUGUCAGGGAAACUGUACUGUCUUCAUGCGGGAAGAUACAACUCCUACUGUGGACACCUUGACCACCAACACCAGUGGGUCACUGACCACUGUGCUGAUGAGCGGUCAGAGGCUAGGCACCACAGUGGAUGAACCUGCUGUGUUCGUGGACCAUCAACUGCCUUGUGAUGUAACUUUCUUUAACACAAGCCAUGUGGCAUGCCAGAUAGAUGCGCUGACCCCAGGUCUCCAUUAUUUAUCAGUUUUUUACCCAAGAAGAGGGUACGCUUGCUUUGGCAAUGUUUCCAGAUAUUUCCAUAUUAGGCCUCGAGUGCUUCGUUAUCUUCCGAAGAAUUUCAGCACACACGGCGGGGGCCUCUUGGCCAUAGAAGGCUCAGCCCUGAAAGGACAGAACUCCACCAUAGUCUACAUUGGUCAGCAGGCCUGCCGGCUGGUGAACAUCACCGCUGAGCUCGUCUGCUGUACUGUUCCUGCGGGGAAUGGCUCGACUGUUGUGGAAAUAGAGGUAGAUGGACGUCGUUGGCAUGUGGGAGCCAUUAUCUACAGCUCGGCCUUCACCCCAGAGCUGCUCGCUCUGUCUCAGAGGGAUGACGUGUUGACCAUUGCUGUGGUUCGGAUCUCAGGAGCUGCGAAUGUUGACGUUUUUAUUGGGCCAUCACUGUGUGGGGGCAUCUCUGGUGACCACACCACUCUGCAGUGCACAGCCCCUCUCCUUCCUGUGGGGCAGUACCCAGUCACAGCUUAUGACCGUCCCAGAGGUUGGGCCUCCUCCGCACUGGUGUUCACGUCCAGAGUCCGGGUUUCAGCAGUGACUCAGAACUUCGGCUGCCUGGCUGGAGGACUGGUGCAUGUGUUUGGAGCAGGAUUUUCCCCAGGGAACAUCUCAGCUACCGUGUGUGGUGUUCCCUGCCAAGUUUUGGCCAAUGCUACUGUGUCUGCCUUCAGCUGCCUGGUCCUGCCUCUGGAUGUGUCUCUGGCUUUCCUGUGUGACCUGAGGCCCGAGGAAGACAGCUGUGACGACGCCAGCCUCACCUCCGUGCAGUGCCAGUUGACUGUUGCUGUGGGAAUGGAGAGACUGUCUGAGUCGUGGCCUUACUUCUACACGUGUGAGGAGUGUUCUCAGAGCCGCUUCGGGUCAGCUCAUUGGACAGCCUUCCCACCCUUUUCCGGCCUCUUUGUCAGCCCUAAAGUGGAAAGAGAUGAAGUUCUCAUCUAUAAUAGCUCCUGUAACAUUACCAUGGAAACUGAGGCAGAGAUGGAGUGUGAGACGCCUAAUCAGCCAAUUACCGCCAAGAUUACUGAGAUACGGAAAAGCUGGGGCCAGAACACUCAGGACAACUUUUCCUUCCAAUUCUGCCGGAGGUGGUCCAGGGCUCACAGCUGGCUUCCUGGGAGAGUGCCACAAGAUGGCGACAAUGUCACAGUGGAGAAUGGGCAGGUGCUCCUGCUUGACUGCAGAACAAACAUCCUCAACCUGCUGCAUAUCAAAGGAGGCAAGCUGGUUUUCCUGGGCACAGGAACUGUGGAUCUCAGGGCCCAUGCCAUCCUUGUUUCUGAUGGUGGAGAGCUCCGGAUUGGAUCUGAGGACAAACCCUUCCAAGGCAGAGCUCGGAUCAAACUCUAUGGGAGUUCUUACUCUACCCCCUUCUUUCCCUAUGGAGUAAAGUUCCUGGCAGUAAGAAAUGGGACUCUUUCCCUGCAUGGCUCACUACCAGAAGUACUUGUUACUCGUCUUCGGGCAACUGCUCAUGCCCAAGACACAGUAUUGGCUCUGGAAGAUACUGUGGACUGGCACGCUGGAGAUGAAGUUGUUAUCAGUGGGACCAGUGUUGAAGGCACCAAACCAGUGGAAGAGAUUGUUGUUGUAGAAACUGUGCACAACACAGACCUUCUUCUUAGGUCUCCCUUGAGAUAUUCUUACAGCUUCACUGAGAAUUGGGCAGCCAGAGAAUACUCUGUUCUAAAGGCUACUGUGGCUCUGCUCAGCAGGAGGAUUACCAUACAAGGAAAUCUAACUCUGGAGAGGAAGCAGCUCCUUGCCUCAUGCCAGGAGGCCAAUGCCUCAGAAGGUAAUCUGAAGAACUGUUUGUAUUCCAAGAGUGAGAAGAUACUGGGGUCUAGGGAUCUGGGGGCCAAAGUAAUCAUUCAGUCCUUCCAAGAGGAAGCCAGUCAGGUCCAGUUGAAGGGAGUGCAGUUUCGAGAUCUGGGGCAAAGUUUCCGUAAGCAUCUGAGCGCUCUCACUCUGGUGGGAAGUAUGAAAGAUUCCUAUGUACAGGGAUGUACGGUGUGGAACUCCUUUAGUAGAGGCCUCAGCAUGGAUGGUGUCCUGGGCCUGAAGGUGGACAGUAACGUAUUCUUCAACAUUGUAGGCCACACACUACUGGUGGGAGCAUACAUGGAGGCAAGACCCAUUGCUUGGGAGGUGAUAACCAGAAGAAAAUCAAACUGGUCAGAACAGGGAAAUAUAAUCAGGAAUAAUGUCAUCAUCAAUGUUUCUGGUGCUGAGGGACUCUCCAGUUCUGAAAUGUUGACACCAUCUGGCAUUUACAUCCGCAAUCCCACCAAUGUUAUAGAGGGAAACAGAGUUUGCUCUGCAGGUUAUGGCUACUUUUUCCACCUUGUCACCACGCAGACAUCACAAGCUCCACUACUGUCCUUCUCUCAGAACAUUGCACAUUCUUGUACAAGGUGUGGUCUCUUCGUAUACCCUAAAUUUCAGCCACCUUGGAAUGAUGGACCUGGUCCCACAUUACUCCAGUACUUCACAGUUUGGGAAAGUGUAGGUGGUGUCCAGAUUUUUAGGAGCAGCAAUCUUCAUCUGAAAAGCUUCCAAGUGUAUUCAUGCAGGGACUUUGGAAUUGACAUCUUAGAAAAUGAUGCAAAUACUUCAGUUACUGACAGCUUAUUAGUGGGUCAUUUUACUCACCAGGGAAGCAAGUGUAUGUCAGCUGGGAUUAAAACUCCAAAAAGGUGGGAACUAACAAUUUCUAACACAACCUUUGCUAAUUUUGAUCUUGUCAGCUGUGUGGCCAUCAGAACCUGUUCGGGAUGCUCUCAAGGACAGGGUGGAUUUACUGUGAAGAGCAAACACUUGUCAUUUAUAAAUUCUACAAACCUGGUAGAUUUUCCAUUUCCUCAUGCAGCAAUUCUGGAAGAUUUGGAUGCGUCUCUCUGUGGGAAAAACAGAAGCCAUAUUCUUCCUUCUAUGGAAACCCUUCCAGCUUCUUGUUUGGUCAAUGCAAGCUUUGGUCAGACUGUUCCUGGCAGCAUCUGUCAGGGAGCUGUUCUCUUUCAUCGUAUGUCUAUUGGCAUAGCUGAUGCCCCCAGUGUUCCUUAUGGUUUAACCUUGACUGACAGCAGAAAUAAGACGACAACUGUCAACUAUGUAGGCAACACAUUGUCUAAUCUUCAUGGCUGGAUGGCUCUGCUCUUGGACCAAGAGACCUACUCACUGCGAUUUGAGAAUCCUUCAGUCCACAGAUCUUUGCAGUACUCAGCAACAUUUGACAACUUUACCCAAGGGAAUUACCUCCUCCUGGUACACUCAGAUGUGCCACUCUACCCUGACAUCGUCAUAAGUUGUAACACUAAAGUGGGCCAAGCUCUUCCGUCUCAUCCAUCACCUGGUCGGGACCAAAGCUGUGAUUGGUUCUUCAACAGGCAGUGGAGGCAGCUCACUUAUCUGGUUUCAGGUGAAGGCCAAGUGCGAGUAAUUCUCCAGGUGAGGGAAGGCAUCCCUCCAUCUAUUGCAGCUUCUACAACUGCACCUGAAUCAGCUUUAAAAUGGUCCCUCCCUGAAACCUGGCAAGAUGUUGGAGAGGGUUGGGGAGGACAUAAUCAUACCAUCCCAGGCCCUGGGGAUGACGUCCUGAUUUUACCCAACAGAACUGUCCUGGUGGAUACAGAUCUUCCAUCCCUAAAAGGCCUUUACGUGAUGGGGACUUUAGAAUUUCCUGUGGACAGAAGCAACAUUCUGAGCAUGGCAUGCAUGGUCAUUGCAGGCGGGGAGUUAAAAGUUGGAACUUCAGAAAAUCCCUUAGAAAAAGAACAAACGCUUCUGAUUCUACUUAGAACCUCAGAGAGAGUCUUUUGUGAUCGUUUUAAUCAAUUUCGGAUUGACCCAGGAAUAAUUGGGGUUUAUGGGAAAGUUCAACUUCACAGUGCUUAUACUAAAAAAUCCUGGACACAUCUUAGAGCUGAUAUUGCCUCAGGAAACGAAAGAAUCAUAGUUGAGGAUGUGGUGGACUGGCAACCUCAUGACAAAAUUAUCCUUACUUCCUCUUCUUACGAGCCUCAUGAAGCAGAAGUCCUCACUGUGAGAGAAGUCAAGGGCCACCAUAUUCGAAUCUAUGAACGACUCAGACACCGGCACCUUGGAAGUGUCCAUGUCAUGGAGGAUGGCCGACACAUUAGUUUGGCUGCUGAAGUUGGACUGCUGACCCGAAAUAUACAAAUCCAGUCUGAUACAUCAUGUAGCGGGAGACUGCUGGUGGGGUCUUUCGGAAAUCCCAGAAGAGAAGAAUUCUCAGGUGUCCUUCAAGUUUCAAAUGUGGAAAUACACAACUUUGGAACACCACUGUAUGCAUCCAUUGAAUUCAUUAAUGUGUCCACAGGAUCAUGGAUAAUAUCUUCUACUCUUCAUCAUAGUUGUGGUGGUGGCAUUCAUGCACUUGCCAGUCAUAGCAUAAUUUUAAAAGACAACGUAGUGUUUGAUGCAGCUGGUCAUGGCAUUGAUAUGGAAGGCCAGGACUAUUCUCUUACUAAUAAUCUUGUAGUCCUGGUGGCACAGUCAGCAUUGUCCACUGUGUGGGUUGCAGGUAUCAAAGUGAACCAGGCAAAGGAUGUUGAUCUCUUCGGCAAUGUUGUAGCAGGAUCAGAGAGACUGGGCUUUCAUUUAGGAGGCCAUAGGUGUUCCUCUCCUGGAGUGAUUUGGUCUGGCAAUGUGGCCCACUCAAACCUUCAUGGCCUUCAUCUUUACAAAAAAAGUGAAAUUGAAAAUUGCACCAGUAUUUCUGGAUUCCUGGCUUUCAAGAACUUUGACUAUGGUGCCAUGCUACAUGUGAAAAACAGCAUGGAAAUGGAGAACAUCAUUCUGGUCGACAAUACUGUUGGUCUUUUUGUGCUGGUAUACGUAUCUUUUGUUCCACAAAACUCCAACAAAGAUGCUCGGAUUGUGUUUAGAAACUCAGAUGUGGUAGCCACUAGCUCUACUUUUGACUGCAUUCAAGACAGAGUAAAGCCUCGGUCAGCCAUUAUGACGUCAAGAGACCGAGCGCCUUCCAAUCCAAGAGGCGGGAGAGUUGGUAUACUGUGGCCUGCAUUCACCUCAGAACCAAACCUGUGGCCCCGGGAGCCAUGGCACAAAGUGAGGGAUGGCUACUCAGUUUCAGGAAGCAUUAAACUUCAAGGUGUGACAUUUUCCAAUUUUGGCAAGAGUUGCUACAGUAAAGACCUAGAUAUUUGCAUUCUACCAAAUGAACAAAACACAGGGAUAAUGCACCCAAUAACAGCAGAGAGUACCAGGAUGCUAAAUAUGAAAGAUGAAAAUAAGUUCUACUUUCCUCCAUUACAACCCAGGAAAGAUUUAGAGAGAAUAAUAUGCCUAGAAUCACAGUGUGAAAAUCCAAGGAAAUACCUGUUCAAGGACCUGGAUGGAAAUGCUUUGAAUCUGCCUCCACCAGUUUCUGUAUUUCCUAAACUUGAGGCAGAAUGGACUGGAUCCUUCUUCAACACAGGUACAUUUAGAGAGAAGAAGAAGUGCACAUACCAUUCACUGAUACAAGGCUUCAUCUGCAAGGAAACAGACCAAGUAGUCCUAGUCCUUGACAAUGUUGAUGUGUCUUCCUCAAUCCAAAAAUUCUAUCCAGUUGUGUCUAUAACUAAUGGCUUUGUUGACACCUUCACUAGUGCAAAUGCCAACACCCCCUGUUCCAGUUCUAGGUCUGCAUCAACUUUCUAUUCCAUUUUACCCACUGAGCAACUGACCAAGGUCUGUUUCAUGGAUCAGACUCCUCCAAUUUUGCAGUUUUAUCUCUUGGGGAACAAAAGUUACUCCAAGCUUCUCUUGGCUAUAUUUUACCAUGAGCUCCAGAGUCCCCAAGUUUUCUUACAGGGAACUUUUAUUCCACCAACUUUCAUUAAAUCAGAUUCCUCAUUGUUGAAUGAGACCAUAGGUACCAACUAUUUCAACAUUAUGGAUAACUUUUUGUAUAUUGUCCUACAAGGAGAGGAGCCUGUUGAAAUACAUUCAGGUGUUUCCAUUCAUUUGGCUUUCACUGUGAGGUCUGCAGUGGUAGAAAACAGUUGGGAAGUAUUAAUGCUUGAAAAACUGACUGACUUUUUACAUAUCAGCAAAAAUCAAAUCAGAGUUGUUCAUAAGAUAUCUGGCAAUGAAGAAACCUUAGAAACCAUAGCUGACAUUGCAGCAAAAAGAAGACGCAAUUGCCCAACUGUGGCUUGUACAAACCAUUAUGUCAGAGUUGGUCAACGCAGACCUCUUAUGAUGGAAUUGAACUCAUCACCCUGGGCCUCAGUACCACCAACAGGAGAGGUGGUCUCAACAGUGAUUGUUAUUGAAAUUGGCGAUCUUCCAACUGUGUGGGAUACUGGCCUGUUUCCUUCUUUGUCAAGAAACAAACUACAGAAUUUGAGUGACCAACUCAUUAUUGCUCAACAGACUGGAGUGUUAAACAAUGUUCUGAAUACGACUAUAGGGGCCUUACUUGUUACUCAGUCAAAGGAAGUCAUUGGCUAUGGAAAUGCAAGCAUCUUUAAAAGUAAGAACGUUAUAUAUGUUAGGCCCUCUGCUCUCGUAGUCCUGGUCCAGCCUUCAGAUGGAGAAGUGGGAAAAGAGCUUCCUGUGCAACCAAAACUCAUUUUUGUGGAUGAGCAGAAUCGAAGAGUGGAAUCCUUGGGUCCUCCCUCUGAACCUUGGACUGUUGCAGUUUCCUUAGAAGGAAGAUCAAAUUCAGUGCUAAAAGGAUAUACUCAGGUAGAAACUCAGGAUGGUUAUGUAAGUUUCUCCAACUUGGCAAUCUCAAUAUCUGGGUCAAGCUGGCACUUUAUUUUCACUGUGACUUCUCCUCCAGGAGUCAAUUUUACAGCUCGAUCCAGAAAAUUUGCUGUCUUGCCAAUGACCAUGAAGGAGAGCUCUACCAUCAUCCUGGCUGCAUCACUGUGCUCAGUGGCCUCAUGGCUGGCUCUGAGCUGUCUGGUCUGUUGUUGGUUCAAAAAGAACAAAAAUAGAAAAACAAAACCUGAAGAGACAAGUGAAUCUCAGACUACUGAUCAGAAGAAUCAUACCCCAGUCUCCUCCAAACGUCAAGGAUCACAACCAGAGACUGCGAAAGAAGACACCGGAGUGGAAGAAGAUAUGAGGAUGAAAGUCAUGCUAGGCAAACUGAACCAGCUGCCUCACCAGUCGCUGAAUGGAGUGUCCAGAAGGAAAGUUAAUAGACCAACUGUAGGACAGGAAAAAACUGCUGUUCCUGUUUCCAGCAUUGCUGGCGUCACGUCCCAAGGCCACACCUGCACUCCAAGCUCUCCUGCUCAGCAGGUGCACAUGCAGGAGGGUGGGAACUGGAAGGAAGCCAAAGCGCAGUUGCUGAGAUACCAGCUGGCAGGACAGGAUCAGCUGUUGCUGCUGUGCCCUGAUCUCAGGCAAGGGCAGAGUCAGCAAAGCAAAGAAAGUGGCAGCUUGGGGCCUUCCCAAGAGACAAAAAUCUCCUGUGGUGCCACCAAGGCAAUCUGUGUCCAUUCAGUACACCCUGAGACUAUUCCAGAACAGCUGUGA